GCGCUCUAGGCCGAGCGGGAGGUCGGGGCUGCGGGCGCUCGCUGGUGGCGGAUCUGGACGCCGCUGCGGUGGCAGGGCUCCGCGGCCGGGGUCGAAUCCAAUCGGGAGCCAUGAGCGUGGACAAGGCCGAGCUAUGCGGGUCUCUGCUCACCUGGUUGCAGACGUUCCAUGUACCGCCCCCCUGUACCAGCCCCCAGGAACUGAGCAGUGGCCUCGCAGUAGCCUAUGUGCUGAACCAGAUAGACCCUUCCUGGUUCAACGAGGCAUGGCUCCAGGGCAUCUCAGACGACCCAGGUCCCAACCGGAGGUUGAAGGUCAACAAUCUGAAGACAAUCUUACAGAGCCUGGUGGAGUACUCCCAGGAUGUCCUGGGGCAUCCCAUUUUGGAGCAGCACCUUCCAGAUGUGAGCCUCAUUGGCGAGUUCUCAGACCCAGAAGAGCUUGGCAAGCUGCUUCAGCUGGUGCUGGGCUGUGCUAUCAGUUGCGAGAAGAAGCAGGAGCACAUCCAGAGAAUCAUGACGCUAGAGGAAUCAGUUCAGCAUGUGGUGAUGGAAGCCAUCCAGGAGCUCAUGACCAAAGACACCUCUGACUCCCUGUCACCGGAAACAUAUGGGAACUUUGAUAGCCAGUCCCGCAGGUACUACUUCCUGAGUGAGGACGCUGACGAGGGUGAUGAGCUGCGGCAGCGCUGUCUGGACCUGGAGCGGCAGCUAGUACUCCUGUCAGAGGAGAAGCAGAGCCUGGUUCAGGAAAAUGAGGUGCUGAGGGAGCGGGUGGGCCGGUCCGAGGGUGAGGGCGCCACCGGCCUCACCGCCAAGAAGCUGCUGCUGCUGCAGUCCCAGCUGGAGCAGCUGCAGGAAGAGAACUUCAGGCUGGAGAGCGGCAGGGAGGACGAGCGCGUGCGCUGUGCCGAGCUGGAGCGGGAGGUCGCUGAGCUGCAGCAGCGGAACCAGGAGCUGACCAGCCUGGCCCAGGAGGCACAGGCCCUGAAGGAUGAGAUGGAUGAACUUCGGCAGUCCUCAGAGCGCGCAGGGCAGCUGGAGGCCACGCUGAGCAGCUGCCGGCGCCGCCUGGGCGAGCUGCGGGAGCUGCGGCGGCAGGUGCGGCAGCUGGAGGAGCGCAACGCCGGCCACGCUGAGCGCACGCGGCAGCUGGAGGAAGAGCUGCGCCGGGCCGGCUCCCUGCGCGCCCAGCUAGAGGCGCAGCGGCGGCAGGUUCAGGAACUGCAGGGCCAGCGGCAGGAGGAGGCCAUGAAGGCCGAGAAAUGGCUAUUUGAGUGCCGCAAUCUGGAGGAAAAGUAUGAGUUGGUGUCAAAGGAGAAGGAGCGGCUGCUGGCAGAGCGGGACUCCCUGCGGGAGGCCAAUGAGGAGCUUCGCUGCGCCCAGAUGCAGCCUCGCGGGCUGACCCAAGCCGACCCCUCACUGGAUCCCACCUCACCGGCUGUGGAAAACUUAGCAGCCGAGAUCCUACCUGCGGAGCUCAGGGAGACGCUCCUGCAGCUUCAGCUGGAGAACAAGCGCCUGUGCCAGCAGGAGGCGGCCGACCGGGAACGGCAGGAGGAGCUGCAGCGCCACCUGGAGGAGGCCAACCGCGCGCGCCACGGCCUGGAGAUGCAGCACCGGCUGAACCAGCAGCAGCUGUCGGAGCUGCGGGCCCAGGUGGAGGACCUGCAGAAGGCCCUGCAAGAGCAAGGGGGCAAGACUGAAGACUCAACCCUGCUGAAGAGGAAGCUGGAGGAGCAUCUGCAGAAGCUGCAUGAGGCAGAUCUGGAGCUGCAGCGGAAGCGCGAGUACAUCGAGGAGCUAGAGCCCCCUGCCGAUAGCAGCACAGCCCGGCGUAUCGAGGAGCUGCAGCACAACCUGCAGAAGAAGGACGCGGACUUGCGGGCCAUGGAGGAGCGGUACCGCCGCUACGUGGACAAGGCGCGCAUGGUCAUACAGACCCUGGAACCCAAGCAGCGGCCACCCGGGGGGGCUCUUCCGGACCUCCACACCCUGAGGACACAGCUCCGGGAGCGGGACGUCCGCAUCCGGCACCUGGAGGUGGGUGUCCGUAUCCCUUCUCACUGUCCCCAGCAUAUCCAGGUCCUUGACUAUUGCCUCCUUAGCAGAUGGACUUUGAGAAGAGUCGAAGUCAGCAGGAGCAGGAAGAAAAGCUGCUCAUCAGUGCCUGGUAUAAUAUGGGCAUGGCUCUGCAGCAGCGAGCCGGGGAAGAGCGGGCACCUGCCCAUGCCCAGUCAUUCCUGGCACAGCAGCGGCUGGCCACCAACGCUCGCCGCGGACCCCUGGGACGCCUAGCACCCCUGAACAUGCGCCCCAGUGACAAGCACUGAUGGAUCUCAGGAUCCUGCCACCUGCCCAGCCAAUCAGGGCUUAAUCCACCCUGGAUUCCCCUGACUCACAUGGGGCCCAGCAUUAUGCCUCAGCCAGUUGCUUGAGAGCCUUGAAGUCACAAUCUCUGCCCUUUUCUCUCCCAGGUGGGACGAGAGUGCAGGAUGAGGCGGGAGGCAGGAAUGGGCCUAUUCUUUUUAGCAAUGUGAUUCUUAUUCUUGAUUUUAGUGAGCUGCCAGGGGAGAGAGUGAUUUUAUAUUUGAGAAGAAAGAUAAUAAAGACUUUCAAUCUGA